AUGGCUGCUACCGUUGAGAAAGAGGCACCGCUCAAGACGGUCCAGCUAGAAGCGUUGGUCGUCAUGAAAGUCAUCAAGCACUGCGCAAACCGCUUUCCUACCACCGCCACUGGUAGCCUCGUCGGCAUGGACGUCAAUGGCGCUCUCGAAGUCACAAACUGCUUCCCUUUCCCUGUCGUCGAUCUGCCACCAGAGGCACAAUAUGAACAACAACACUUUAACACCGCGGCUGCUGCUCCUCGUGCAAAAUCCAAUACCGCGUACCAGGCGGAAAUGAUCAGAAUGCUUCGUGAGGUCAAUGUGGACGCCAACAACGUGGGAUGGUAUACAAGCGCAAACUUGGGCAAUUUCGUCAACAUGAACUUCAUCGAGAACCAAUACUACUAUCAGAAGGAAUUGAAUGAGAGGACUGUCGCUCUUGUCCACGAUGUCAGCAGAAGUUCGCAAGGAAUUCUCAGCAUUCGAGCCUUCAGACUGUCUCCACAGUUCGUGGCUGCUUACAAGGAAAACAAGUUCACCACUGAGAAUCUCCUCAAAUCCGGUCUGAAAUACACUGAUAUCCUGGUCGAACUUCCAGUCACCGUCCACAACUCGCACCUUGUCACAACCUUCCUUCACCAAGUCCCCCGCAUGCUUACGUCGGGGAUUAUGAAACCACCCACUUCCGUCGACGAAAUCGAGAACGAUCCGAUCAUCAAGAACGACAGUCUUGCCCCGUCUUUCGACAAGUUGUCAAUCUCCAUCGACCCAUUCCUCUCCCAAACCUGCGAUAACCUGCUCGACUCGAUCGAAACGCACCAUGUGGAAGCGAACAAUUUCUCAUACUACUCUCGCGCUCUGGCCAGAGAGCAAGCCAAGAUCCAACAGUGGCAGGCCAAGCGCAAGGCGGAAAAUGCAGCACGGGCGCUUUCAAAGCAGCCGCCAUUGCCAGAGGACGAGUGGCAGAGACUAUUCAAGUUGCCGACUGAGCCAAGUCGUUUGGAGAGCAUGCUGAACAGCAGACAGGUGGAACAGUAUGCAAGACAGGUUGAUGGAUACGUCGCCGGAACGACUGGAAAGAUGUUCGCAGUUAGAGGAAACUUGCUUCCAGGUGAUGCCAAUCCUGAAUGA